GAGGGUGCAUGUAAGCACUGAGGACCUGCCUCUGUGAGGGAGUCUUAGGAGAGAAACUGAGGAAAUAAAGAUUUGGAGAUUUGUAUUAGGUUUUGCAGCAAAAGCAGAUGAGUUUGUCAUCAGAUUGUUACAAGUGAGACGUUUUUUCUUGUCAGAGCAAUUUCUUUUGAGGAUUAAAGCUGAUGACUUGUGAAGGCAAAGUCAAGCAUCUCAUUAGAAUAAUACAAGAAGGCAGUCUUUCCCAUCUCAAAGAGGAACUGGGUAAGGGUGAAGCUGUUCUGGAUACAGUGUUGAAGGGUCACUUUGGGAGAUCGGGUGACACAGUGCUGCAUUAUGCUGCCAGGUAUGGGCACCUGCCAAUCCUGAAAUACCUGGUGGAGGAGCUCGGUGCCAACAUUGAGCUGGUGAACAGUGAUUACAAACGAGCUUUGCAUGAAGCAGGGUCCAUGGGUCACAGAAUGUGUGUGAGGUACCUGCUAGCCCAAGGAGCCAACGUUGACUGUUUGAAGAAAGCUGAUUGGACACCAUUGAUGAUGGCUUGCACCAGGAAGAACCUUGAAGUGAUUACAGAUCUGAUUGAGAGUGGAGCGAGUCUGAUGCUGACUAACAAGGAUGGCUGGAGCAGUUUCCAUAUUGCUUGCCGAGAGGGUGAUCCCAAAAUUAUCCAGUACCUUCUCGAGGUCAACCCAAAUAUCUGGGAUGUGGAAAGCAAAAUAAAAAGGACUCCUCUACACACUGUAGCUAUGCAUGGACACUUUGAGGUGACCGAGCUGCUUCUAGAAAGGUGUGCUUACAAGCCAGAUGCCAAAGACAGCUGUGGAGUCACUCCUUUCAUGGAUGCAGUGCAGAAUGGCCACAUUGAGAUUGCUAAACUCCUGCUGGAGAGGCACAAAGCUGAUUUCUCAGCUACCGACGCCCUGGGGGCUCAGUCUCUGCACCGAGCCUCAGUAACUGCACAGGAUGAAGCCAUUUGUUUCCUGGUCACCGAGCUUGGCAUGAAUGUAAAUGAGAGAGCCACGGGACUAAAGCUGACAGCCCUGCAUUAUGCAGCAAAGGAGGGACAUAUUAACACCAUAGAGACUCUGCUGAUAUUAGGAAUUGACAUACACGCAAGGGAUCUCAAAGGCCGCUCUGCUUUGCACAUGGCCUGUGCAGGCCAGCAUACCGAUUGUGCAAAAAAGCUUAUAGCUGCUGGAUUAACUGAUUCUACAGAUGACAGUGGAAUGCUAGCAAGCCAGCUGCUCAAGAAUUUUGAAGCACUCAAGGUUCUAGACAACGUUACAGACCGUAAAUAAAAUAUAUUUAUCCAACUGUAUUUGCAGUAAAUUCCCUUUACUCCUUAUAUGUAUCAGUCUAAAUGUACAUAUCCUGCCCUCUUCCAAUUCCCUGACAGUUCUGUUUCUUCUUAUUUGCCAAUUUCCUGUCACUGAAUUCAGAAAUUUUCAAUUUAGCCUUUGAUCCAGCUGUGAAGUGCCAAUCAAGAGUACUUUGACACUACACUCAAGCAUAGUGCUGUGCUGGGAGGCUGGAAUUGGUGAAUUCACCUUUUCCUGUCCUAACACAUGCCAAUGGUAGCAUUUUAGUUUUGCUGCCAAUUUAGUCACUUGGAUAUGGUGAUCCAGAGGCCUGGAAAAAUAGUCAGAGGCAUGAAGUCAAACCCCACCAUGGAAUCUGAGAGACAUGAAUUCAGUUAACAAAUCAAUUUCUGAAAAAAAGCUAGUGCCAAUAAUUGUGAUCCUGAAGCUAUCAUAUUGUCAGGAAUACCUUAUUCACCAAUGUCCUUAAUAGACAGAAAUCUCCCAUGCUUACCUGGUCUGGCAUAUAUGUAAAUCCCAGAUGCACACAUAAAGUAGUUUUCACUUAAUUGGUCUUUGAAAUGGCCUAGCAAACCACUCAGUUCAAGAUAUUUAGGGAUGGGUAAUAAAUGUUGGCCAUGGGGCCCUCUUGUGAUGCAGAGGUAUAGUACCCUGGAAUGGUAGGCCCAGGUUCAAAUCCUACCUGCUGCAGAAGUGUGUAAUAAUAUCUCUGAAUAGGUUGAUUAGAAAAAUAGGGUAAAUUAGAAAGAGGUGGUCAUUGUGGUGCAGUGGUAAUGUUCCUACCUCUGAGCUAGGAGGCCCAAGUUCAUGUUCCAUCCGUUCCAGACAUAUAUAAAAUCAGAUUGACUUGAAAAUUUCUAAAUACUGCCAAGGCUAAUAUUAUCUCUUGAAUAAAAUUUUAAAAUACUCCUGCACUUUUAAAACAUAUUACCUACGUGAAUUAAAGAGACUUAUUUAAUACUUCUGAACAGUCACACUGCAAAUACCUUCAUCACAUUGCAUAGAAUGUACAACACAAACCCGUUUGCUAAUGUUUAUGCUCCAUGAGUGUCCUCUCAUGCCAUUUAAUCUAACCCCAUAAACAUAUCCUUCUAACUGUAGAGAAACAGAGGCAGUAAUUUGGAGUCUACAUAUGAGUCAGAAUGCCUUUAAUUAAUCACACUUUAUUUAAAAAGUAAUUAAAUCCCUGAAGACCAUUUAAAUUCUGACCUCUCCCAGUGUUUACUUUAACAGCAAUUAAGCUGAAGAAUUGCUGAUGUACUUUUCUGCUUGUUGAGUUUGAGGCUACAACCAGAUUUUAGUCUCUAUGUGUGCUUUACACAGUCUGUUUUGUGAGCUAAUGUCCCUAAAACAGGUGCCAGUUAUAAUGGCUAAAAUGGACAGUUAGUAUAGAUUUUUACCUUCUACCCCUCGAAAUAAGAAUUACUUGCUUAGAUAUUGAAAGCUGUGUUAUCAGAAGUGAUUUUGUUGCAAUGUUUAACCAUGAUCUAAUUUCCCUGGUCAGGCAAAUGUAAAAGUGUACAAUGGAGCAACGUGAAAGAGAACAGUUAUCCCAGUUUCUGGGUCAUGAUUAUCUAUCAACAAAGAUCAUCUAAACUUUAGU